AUGGCGGAGCCCAAGCACCUGACCGGCGACAAGGCCGCCAUCGAGGAGUUCCUCAACAAGUUCGACACUUUUUUGUUUGACUGCGAUGGUAUGCUUCCGCCUCAUUCCGCGCCCAUCCUAUCUCUCGCGCAUGUUCGCAGGCACCCGCCGACCGUCUUCUUCCACGAUUCAAGCCUGCGCAAAGAGCAAAAGUACGGAUAUGCUGAUGGCAAGGAGCUCAUCUUCGUCACCAACAACAGCACCAAGAGCCGCGCAGACUAUAAGCAGAAGUUCGACAAGCUCGGCAUUCCCGCUAAAGUGGAGGAAGUUUUUGGCUCAGCUUACAGCGCUGCGGUCUACAUCUCGCGCAUCCUCGAGUUACCAGCGGGCAAGAAAAAGGUCUUCGUUCUGGGCGAGUCUGGCAUCGAGCAGGAGCUGAAGGCUGAGAAUGUGCCUUACAUUGGCGGCACCGACCCGAGCCUGCGCCGCGAUGUCCAGCAGUCCGACUUUGAGGCGAUCGCGAACGGCUCCGCGCUUGAUCCGGAGGUUGGCGUGGUGCUGGCCGGUCUUGACUUCCACGUCAACUACCUGAAGUACUCGCUUGCGUUUGCGUAUUUGAGGAGGGGCGCCAAGUUCCUGGCCACCAACAUCGACUCGACGCUGCCCAACGCGAAGACGCUGUUCCCCGGCGCUGGUUCAGUCAGCUCGCCGCUGAUCACCGCGACCGGCACGCAUCCGUUGUCGCUGGGGAAGCCCAGCCAGGCAAUGUUAGACGCCGUGGUGGGCAAAUUCCACUUUGACCGCAGCAGGACGUGCAUGGUGGGCGAUCGCCUGAAUACCGACAUUCAGUUCGGCAUUGAGGGUAAGCUGGGCGGCACGCUCGCCGUGCUGACUGGCGUUAGCAAGAAGGAGGACUUCUUGGGCGAAGGCGAUGGAACAGGUGUGAAGCCAGCGUACUAUGCGGACACUCUGGGCGACCUGCUGGUGUAA